ACAAAGUACACUUCACCGUACCUACUUGAAGUUGUGGCUAAAAUGCAGGACAGAGGCGCACCGAAAUGCGGUGGAGAGAGGCGUAUAGGUCUAUGCUCUCUCACUUCCUGAGAUUGAGCCUUUGCAAACCAUGAACGAGACCCAUCGGGUUGCAUCGUGUAGACACAAUGUGGAAACGUUUGCGCGCCUGCACAUUUGGAUACGAUGGAGAAAAAACACGCAAUGCCGCCGCAAUUGAGCUUGGAGAGAAAGGCGCGGACAUCUGGCAAGAGAACCACGUCCGCGCCACUUGUCACCUUUGCAAGCGCCCUUUGCGUAUGCACGACUUUGCGGACCUUGGCGGGGGGUUGUGUCUCGGUGGGUAUGAAACGGCGGCAUGCCCUUACCUCAUGCAAGAACUGGGCAUCACGCACAUCUUGCGUAUCAUGAAGAGCACUCGAACGCGGCCCACACAUUUUAAAUCAUACUCGUACAUGUCUUUAGACAUCGGGGACGAGGAAAAGGAGUCGGAGAAGCUCGGAGCAGCGUUCGGAAAAGCUUUUGCGUUUAUUUCACAAGGGGUAGCCGGCAACGGCAAGGUCUACGUGCACUGCGCGGCAGGAAUAUCGAGGAGCCCCUGUGUCUGUCUGGCGUACCUGAUGAAGGAGAGGGGCCUCUCGCUCGAAGAAGCGAGAACACUGGUCAAGCAGGUGCGGCCGCAAGUCUGCCCGAAUGCAGGGUUUGAAGAGCAGCUGCGGAAGUUAGAAACAGAGUUGCGCGCGUCUAGUCAGAGUCCACAAAGCGGCUGGACGCUCGGAGGGUGGUUGUCAGGGUGGCUACCAGGGCCCCGAAAGGCAGUGCAGCCGAAGAACGCAUGAGCCAAGAUUUUGAGAUGACCCCUUUGCUUAUGAACCAGGAGUAGGGUGCGUAUGAGUAUUUUGAUUCUUUGUGUCCUCUGUGAACCUUCAUGUAGCUGACUAGAAGGUUGCAAGGCCGGAAACCAUUGCAGUCAAACAAUUUUGAUUAAGGUAUGGUCGGCAAGGGCAUGGGCUAGCCUCUUGGGUAGUGACUAGGCGGACAGCUCGAUCGUCCAAUCGGAAUCAAAAGUGGUUCGCUCGUCCGGCCAGGACGGUUUGCUGGUGGUGGUCAUAUUGCAGAGACCAUUGAAGUACCGUAGCAGUCCUAGCUGCCCUCAUGCUGAGUCAGGAUCCAUCCAGUACCUAUCACUUAAACAGUGGAACGAGUUGUAGCAACCUUGAUAUUUUUUGAGUCUCUGGCAAUGAUCAGCAGGCCGCGGGGGA